AUGAGCUCAAAUGAAACUGCCAUUUAUUCUGAGAAUGUGUUUCUCUGCUAUCCACUCCGGCCGGACUCUUGUCCCAGAGCUCAUCGCCUCCCUGCACUUAAAGUGGCGAUAUAUGUUUUGAUGGUGUUGAUGAUUCUCACGACAGUUUUUGGGAACCUGCUGAUCAUCAUCUCCAUCUCUCACUUCAAACAGCUUCAGUCUCCAACUCAUCUGAUUGUUCGCUCUCUGGCUGCCAGUGACUGUCUGCUGGGCUCUUUGGUCAUGCCGUACAGCAUGGUGCGAUCUGUUGAAGGCUGCUGGUAUCUGGGAGAUAUUGUGUGUAAAGUGCAUUCUAGUCUUGAUAUGACUUUCAGCAUCUCUUCUUUAAUACAUCUCAGUUUAAUAUCUGUCGACAGGUACUGGGCCAUUUGUGACCCUCUGAGAUACAGAAUGAGGGUCACAAACAACACUGUGACUGUAUUUACAACACUAACAUGGCUGUUUUCAUUUCUCUACAGUUUUUCUGUUGUGUUUUCAGGUGUAAACAAAAUCGGUUUGGAGUCGUUCAUCAUGCAGGUUUAUUGUGUGGGAAGCUGUGUUUUGUUUUUUAACAAACAAUGGGGUCUUAUUUGUUCACUUCUCACAUUUUUUCUUCCUGGGACGAUCAUGAGCUCUUUGUAUAUGAAAAUCUUCCACGUUGCACGAAAACAUGCAAAGGUUAUGUCAGAAAGAGUGACUGGAGGGAUGAAGAGCCUAAGCUCUGCUCAAAGAGAAGGAAAAGCAGCUAAAACUCUGGCGAUUGUCAUGGGUGUUUUUUAUCUCUGCUGGCUGCCUUUUUUUACUGCCACGGCUGUUGAUCCUUUCCUCAAUUUUGUGACUCCUGGUGAUGUUUUUGAUGCUUUGGUUUGGUUUGGAUACUUUAACUCCACUUGUAACCCACUGAUCUAUGGUUUCUUCUAUCCUCGCUUUCAGAAGGCCUUUAAGAUUCUCAUAUUUACUUAUAUCUGUGGCUGCAAUGACUCAAGCACAUUGAUACUCGAAUGA